GAGUUUCAGGAAGAAAUAUUGCUUUUCAGAGUUGUAUAUAAGGCCUCAGACUCCACCUUCAUACUCCACCCUGCUGCCACUCUCCUCAGUGCCAUUUCUCACUCUGAUUGAUCAGCACACUUCCUUUACCAAUGGAGCUUAGACGCCAGUCUUCUCAAAAUUAUGGUUUAAGUUCACUUGGAGGUCCCAGAUCCCUACGGAUGGAAACCUACGCCCACAGUGUGACUGGAGGGGCAGGCGGCCGUGGAACCAAGAUUUCCAGUGCCAGCUAUGGUUCGCGUGUUGGCAGCGGUUUUGGCGGAGGAUACGACUACCAGUCCUUGUCCUCUGGAUCCACUUCUAGCGCCAUGGGCAUUGGAAACGAGAAGCAUGCCAUGCAGUCCCUGAAUGACCGCCUGGCGAACUAUCUGGAGACGGUGAGGAAUCUGGAGAAGGCCAAUGCAGUGCUGGAGGUCAAGAUCAGAGAGGCCACCGAGAAUAGAGGCCCCUUGGAAGGGAGGGACUACAGCAAGUACUACGUUAUCAUUGAAGGCCUCAGGGCCCAGAUUCUUGACAUGACCAGGGCAAAUGCCCAGUAUGCUAUCAGUCUUGACAACGCAAGUCUGGCUUCAGAUGACUUCCGAACCAAGUAUGAGUAUGAGUUGUCCAUGAGGCAGACAGUGGAGGCUGAUGUUUCAAGACUGAGGAAGAUCCUGGAUGACACCAAUGUUACUCGCUUGCACCUGGAGAGUGAAAUUGAGUCCCUCAAGGAGGAGUUGAUCAGCCUGAAGAAGAACCACGAGAGAGAAGUUGAUGAAUUGCGAGUUCAAAUCGCACAGGCUGGGGUCCAUGUGGAUGUUGAUGCACCAAAAGGACAGGACCUGGCCAGAAUCAUGGAGGAAAUAAGAGCAAAGUAUGAGAAGAUAGCGCUACAGAACCAACAGGAGCUUGAAGCGUGGCAUAACUCCCAGAUCACAGAGGUGCAGGUCAAAGUCACAGAGAGCUCAACAGCCCUGAAGGAGGCCGCAGGUGUAAUGACUGAAACUAGGAGGCGGCAUCAGGCACUGGAAAUUGAGCUCCAGUCUGCACAUAGUCUGAAAGCGUCCCUGGAGGCUGCCCUUCAUGACAUUGAGAGGCGUUACAAUUUAGAGCUGGAAAAAUACAAUGAGAUAAUCCUGAGUCUGCAGGAGGAACUGGCACAGAUCCGCAGCAGCAUCCAGCAAAACACGAAUGAGUACGAGGCCCUCCUCAACAUCAAGGUGAAGCUGGAGGCUGAGAUUGCAGAGUACAGAAGGCUGCUGGAUGGUGAAGGAGACUUAAACCUUGAAGAUGCAGUUGACCUAAAGAAAAUCCAAGUGGUGACGGUCACUCAGACUGUGGUGGACGGCAAAGUGGUGUCAGAGAGCAAGGAGAGCAAGGAGAUCGGAUCCACUGAAAAUCUGACAUUUAGUUAAAAACAACUGAAAGAAAAACAACUAUGAAAAAAAUUAAAUGGCAACAUUUUAUUUUGA